AUGCACACGCUAACCGCACUCAUCUGCACCAACGUGAGAGAUGAUGCGGAGUGUCCUAAGGGCAUGAAGUGCUGUAUGGACGAGCCAUUAGAGAACGAGACGGCAAUAAGCACGAGGCGACCGUUCACGACGCGGUACACCACCACGGAGUCCGAUGAAGAUGAAGACGAGACCACAACCCUCGCACCCGACAGAUACAAAGACAGUGGUAAUAUCGCAUGUCCAGACGUGUGUGUCGUAGUACAGCUGGCCCAGUAUUGCCAGGCGUAUCUCACAACGCCGAAGCUCUGCGUUCAGGGCCGCGUGUGCUGCGUCACUAAGGACUACUACGGAGACAACCCGCCCGAAGACCUGGUCAUCCCUAAUGAAAAACACCAUAAAACUAAGAAACCUAGUACAGCAUUCCAACGUGCUGUAAGCGACAAUAUUAACGGUUGCAACGUUUUCCAGUUGACGACAGUACCACCACCACCACCAAAGAAGAAAAUCGACCGGGAGUGCCGUGGCGAGUGCAUCAGUGGACUAUUCGUACUGCUGUGCGACCACGUGGACGAGCAGGCCACUUGCUCCGAUGGAGGAACCUGCUGCAUCACCGAUAACAAGAACACUGACACAACUACACGGAGACCUACCACCACACCGCGCCCCACCACACCCGCGCCGCUGCCACGUUGUCCGAGCUUCUGCCUGCCGACUGUGAUGGCCGCCUUCUGCAAGUACCCUUCUGAGAUCAUCUCGUAUACUAACUGCAAGCUGGCCAACAUGUUCUGUUGUGAUAAUACAAGAGCACUGAAGACGCCGCGUCCAACGACACACCGCACCACCACCACCACGACCACUCCGGCGCCAGCCGACCCGCGACCCGACUGUCCAGGCUCCUGCGUUGUACCGCUUCUCUCAUUCACCUGCUUCCACAACGCUGAAAUAACGGACGUGUUCAAGUGCAAGAAGGCGGGGACGCAAUGCUGCGCGCCCAAGUCAAAGAUCCUGGAGCUGGUGGGCACGCCGGAGCGCAACGAGACAUACCCUCUCACCACUACCACGCUGGCCGCGUACACUCACUACACGCCCACCACACACGCCAUGGUGCCGCACACCACUCCCAUAGAUCGCAUCGCGUAUCCAUACGAACCAAACUACGUAUCAACGUUACGAGUACCGGAGAAGUACAAUAAAUACGUUUGCGGUGUGAAAGGCAGCGGGGCGCGGGCGGCACGCGUGAUGGGCGGCGAGGACGGUGCACCGGGCGAGUGGUGCUGGCAGGUGGCGCUCAUCAACAACAACAACCAGUACGUGUGCGGCGCCGCGCUCGUAGGCACGCAGUGGGUGCUCACGGCCGCGCACUGCGUCACCAAUAUCGUGCGGUCUGGUGACGAUUACUUCGUGAGAGUUGGCGACAAUGAUCUGACGCGGAAGUACGGCUCUCCCAGCGCACAGACCCUGCUGGUUGCUACCACCUACAUCCACCACAACCACAACAGCCAGACCCUCGACAACGAUAUCGCGUUACUUAAACUGAAGACUAAAGCUGAGCUUAAAGACGGAGUGUGCCUGGUGUGCUUGCCGGCGAGGGACGAGGAGCAUCCAGCCGGCAAACGCUGCACCGUCACCGGCUAUGGGUACAUGGGAGAGACUGGACCCAUCCCGUUACGUAUCCGUGAGGCAGAGCUGCCAAUAGUGAACGACUCGGAGUGCGUGCGGAAAGUGAACGCUGUUACCGAGAAGGUGUUCAUCCUACCUUCUAGCUCCUUCUGCGCGGGGGGAGAGGAAGGCCACGACGCCUGCCAGGGCGAUGGCGGUGGUCCCCUGGUGUGCCAAGAUGACGGCUUCUACGAGCUGGUGGGGCUGGUGUCAUGGGGCUUCGGCUGCGGAAGACUCGAUGUGCCCGGCGUCUACGUCAAGGUCUCCUCUUUCAUCGGCUGGAUAAAUCAAAUCAUAUCUGUGAACAAUCCGUAG